GCUCCGUAUCGAUACAUUACACAAUGCGGACAAUUUUGAGUAAUUAUUUAUAUAAACGCCUAUUUCAAACGGAUAUUGUAGGAAAAUAUGCCAAACAGCAGCCGCGCAACCUCAAGGGUAAGAGCAAGAGCUCGCAGGAGUGGCUGACACGGCAGCUGGCCGAUCCCUACGUGGAGAAGGCGCGUAUGAUGAACUAUCGCUGCCGGAGCGCCUUUAAGCUGCUGGAAAUUGACGACAAAUACAAAAUCCUGAAGCCGGGUGACACUGUCCUGGACUGUGGAGCAGCCCCUGGAAGCUGGACGCAAAUGGCCGUGGAGCGGACCAAUGCCCAUGGUAAACAGGAGCGAACGCCCGUCGGAGCAGUCUUCAGCAUCGACCUGUUGCAUUUUCAUGCCGUGCCGGGUGCCACAAUAUACGGCGGCAUGGACUUCACCACGCCGCUGGCACAGCAACGUCUUAAAGAAGCACUGGCUGGACGGCAGGUCAACUGUGUCCUUUCCGACAUGGCGCCCAACGCGACAGGCGUGCGGAUGCUGGACCAGGAGAGCAUCACAAAUCUCUGCUACGAGGUGCUGCGUUUCGCACUGGCCAUGUCCGCCCCGCAGGCCAAUCUGGUGGUCAAAGUGUGGGACAAUGGCGAUGUGCCCAAGCUGGAGCGGGAUAUGCUAAGGUUCUACGAAAAGGUGAAGCGGGUGAAGCCGCGCGCCAGUCGGGGCGACUCCGCCGAGCAUUUCCUCGUGGCACGCGGAUACAAAGAAGCGACGGCAGCGUCGUAAACUCAACAUGAUUUAUUUAAGAUAAGAUCAAAUAUAGAACAAAUAUAGAAUUCGAUUAAAUAUCCAAUUUUAAGUAA